AUGGAUGGGUAUGGGCAGGCCACAGAUGCGUUUGGCUUGUGGUUGAAGGAGGUUGCGCAGGUGCGAAUGUCGGCCAAGAUCGCGAUCGCAGAUUUGAGACAUGCUAAUCAAGGCCGCUGUGUGAUCGCCAGGCAAGCCAUUGACAGGCAGGAGGUACUUUUUGAGAUUCCUAGGUCUGCGAUCUUCAAUGUGUCUACUUCACGGCUUGCCUGCAGGUUUCCGGAGCUGAAAAGCAGGCUGCUGAAUGAGAUUGGUCAUUGGGAAGGGCUAGUGGUGUGCAUGCUGUACGAGAUGAAGGUUGUGAGAGAGGGCAGUGUUUGGUGGGCGUAUUUCCAGGUGCUGCCCAGGCCUGACGAGAUCAAUUCGCUGAUGUACUGGAGCGAUGAACAGUUGAAAGGGUUGAAGCCUUCACUUAUAGUGCAGAGGGUCGGGGUUGAGGAAGCCAGACAGAUGUACCAGAGGGUGGUGAACUAUAUCAAGGAAUUUGGCCCGUCUGUGAGUGACGAACUAGGCAGUGUUUCAUGGUCUGAUUUUGUUUACGUGGCAAGCGUUAUCAUGUCGCACUCGUUUGACGUUCAGGUGGUAGACGCCAAAGACCAGGAUACUGAGGGGACCACCAACAUAGCCAGCGAUGGGUACAUGAAGUCUAUGAUUCCGUUGGCGGAUACUUUGAAUGCGGAUACCCGUAAGUGUAACGCCAAUUUGAUCUACGACGUAAAGUCGCUAAAGAUGUGUGCGACGAAACGGAUUUCCGCGGGCGAGCAGUUGUACAACAUCUAUGGGGAUCAUCCCAACGCAGAGCUGCUGAGAAGGUAUGGCUACGUGGAAUGGGGCGGUUCGAAGUUCGAUUUUGGAGAACUGCCAAUGGAAACAGUGCUGAAAGUACUGCAGGAGGAAUACCGAAUAGAUAUGGCGGAGCUCACGCGGAUCAUAGAUUUCAUAAAGGCUAGCAGCCUGAUAGCUGAUGCGUUUGAAGGCGAGGAAGUUGUGCUGGGUGCGUACGAUUGUUACUCUGAUGGCCAGAUUGUACCAGAAUGUGUGGUCUUUCUACAGAUCAUAUGCGUUCUAACACAGACGCCAGAUGUGAAAUCGCUGGACGUCGAAGGGAUGGAAAGAAUGCUCUUGCGAAUUGCUAAGAAGUGCCUGCAGUUGGUAGAGAGCGGAAGGAUUACAAAAAGCUGCGCUAAACUGAGCGAGUGUGUCAUCGAAGCUCGUCUGAGAGAGUACCCAAGCCAUGCAUUUCGGGAAAUCUCACCGGACCAUUAUGCUAUCUCAGAUAUCGAUUCCCUGCGGCAAAGAAUGGCUGAAAAGGUUCUGCAAAGUGAAGUAAUAUCGCUGCAGAACUGCGUCAAGUCGCUGGAGCAUAACUACAAAGUGAUACCCGAUGCAAAGCUACUAGAUAGCAUCACUAAAAGGAAGCUCCCGGAAAAUGACAACAAGAAGGUAAAGCGAGUCAAGCGCUGA